CGGCCGGCCUGGCGCGAGUCCUUGUCCGGGACCCUGGCUCGGUCCCCAGGUUGGAGGAGCCCGGAACCCGCCCUAGGAGCCACAGCCCAACAGCGGCGGCGGCUGCAGUCUGGAGGGUCCAUGCUUGUGCUUCUCAAUGGAGAGUGAAAGCACGGAUUCAUAAUGAAAACCAGCCCCCGUCGGCCACUGAUUCUCAAAAGACGAAGGCUGCCCCUUCCUGUUCAAAAUGCCCCAGGUAAAACAUCAGAAGAGGAGUCUAAGAGGCCCCUUGCCCAGCAAGGGCCUAGUCAAGUGCAGGCCUCCAAAGAGGUGGCAGAGUCCAACUCUUGCAAGUUUCCAGCUGGGAUCAAGAUUAUUAACCACCCCACCAUGCCCAACACCCAAGUGGUGGCCAUCCCCAACAAUGCCAAUAUCCAGAACAUCAUCACAGCAUUGACCGCCAAAGGAAAAGAGAGUGGCAGCAAUGGGCCCAACAAAUUCAUCCUCAUCAGCUGUGGGGGAGCCCCUACUCACGCUCCAGGACCCCAGCCUCAAGCCCAAACUAGCAAUGAUCCCAAGAGGACAGAAGUGCUCACCGAGACCCUGGGACCAAAGCCUACAGCUAAGGAUGUGAAUCUUCCUAGACCACCUGGAGCCCUUCCUGGGCAGAAAUGGGAGAGUUGUGGUAUGUGGUCUACAAGGCAAAGGGCUGGCGGUGAGGCAGCAGGCUGUACUCUCGACAACAGCUUGACCAACAUCCAGUGGCUUGGAAAGAUGAGUUCUGAUGGACUGGGCUCCUGCAGCAUCAAGCAAGAGAUGGAGGGAAAGGAGAAUCUUCACCUGGAGCAGAGUCAGGUUAAGGUUGAGGAGCCCCCAGGAGCAUCAACAUCCUGGCAGGACUCUGUGUCUGAGCGGCCCCCAUACUCUUACAUGGCCAUGAUACAAUUCGCCAUCAACAGCACGGAGAGGAAGCGCAUGACCUUGAAAGACAUCUAUACCUGGAUUGAGGACCACUUCCCUUAUUUUAAGCACAUGGCCAAGCCAGGCUGGAAGAAUUCCAUUCGCCACAACCUGUCUCUCCAUGACAUGUUUGUUCGAGAGACAUCUGCCAAUGGCAAGGUAUCCUUUUGGACCAUUCACCCCAGUGCCAAUCGCUAUUUGACCUUGGACCAGGUGUUUAAGCCACUGGACCCAGGGUCUCCACAAUCGCCCGAGCACUUGGAAUCACAGCAGAAACGACCCAAUCCUGAGCUCCGCCGGAAUGUGACCAUCAAAACUGAACUCCCACUGGGCGCACGGCGGAAGAUGAAGCCACUCCUACCCCGGGUCAGCUCAUACCUGGUGCCCAUCCAGUUCCCAGUGAACCAGCCACUGGUGUUACAGCCCUCGGUAAAGGUGCCAUUGCCCCUCGCAGCUUCACUCAUGAGCUCAGAGCUUGCCCGCCAUAGCAAGCGGGUUCGAAUUGCCCCUAAGCUUCUGGGUUUCCAGUCUUGGUUAAGAAGGUCACCCCCACCCUCAGAUUGUACAUGUAGUCUCCUAGAUUCUCUUUCAGGAUUUGUGCUGCUAGCUGAUGAGGGGGUAGCCCCUCUUCCUGCUGCAGGACCAGCGAGAGAAGAGAAACUCCUGCUUGGAGAAGGGCUGUCUCCUAUGCUUCCCGCUCAGCCCAUCAAGGAGGAAGAAAUCCAGCCUGGGGAGGAAACACCACACUUAGAGAGGCCCAUCAAGGUCGAAAGUCCGCCCUUGGAAGAGUGGCCCUCGCCAUGCCCGUCUGUCAAAGAGGAGCCAUCUCAGUCCUGGGAGGACUCGUCCCACUCUCCCACUCCAAAGCCCAACAAGUCCUACAGUGGGCUCAAGUCCCCAGCCCAGUGUGUCUCUGAAAUGCUCGUGAUUAAACGAAGGGAGAGGAGGGAGAUGAGCCGGUCUCGAAGGAAACAGCACCUACUGCCUCCCUGUGUGGAUGAGCCCGAGCUGCUCUUCUCAGAGGGUCCUGGGACUUUGCGACGAGCCACGGAGUUCGCUCUCCCCUCAGAGUCUUCUGCGCCCCUCUCCCAGCUUGGCUACUCCCAGGGGGAGGGAGGACCUUUUAAGACACCCAUUAAGGAGACGCUGCCUAUCUCUUCCACCCCGAGCAAAUCAGUCCUCCCCUUGACCCCCGAAUCCUGGAGGCUCACACCCCCAGCCAAAGUUGGGGGGUUCGAUUUCAGCCCAGUACAAACCCCCCAAGGUCCCUUUGGCCCCCUGCCUGACUCCCUAGGGCUGACAGAUCUUAGUACCACCCCACUGAAAAGUAUCCCCCUCUUUGACUCACCCCGAGAGCUCCUCAAUUCUGAGCCCUUUGACCUCACCUCUGACCCUUUUGGCGGCUGUUCCCCCUCAGAUAUGGAGGUCCCCAAGCCAGGCUCCCCUGAGCCACAGGUUGCCAGCCUUUCAGCCAACCGUUCCCUGACAGAAGGUCUAGUUCUGGACACAAUGAAUGACAGCCUCAGCAAGAUCCUGCUGGACAUCAGCUUCCCCGGCCUGGAGGAGGACCCACUAGGCUCUGACAACAUCAGCUGGGCUCAGUUCAUUCCUGAGCUGCGGUAGAGACCUGGCCUUACCCUAGCUGCUCAAGCUGCCCACUCUUCAAGGCACUUGUGUGGCUGGGCUGUCCAAGGGCUCUGAUUAAGGACAGCAGACAGAGACCGUCCGCUCCUUUAGCCCCACUUUGCCUGGUUAUGUCAAGGCACACGUCACACCAUAGCUGCCACUGGGCUCUCUGCAGGCAGCGAGGCCCUGGUGACUGUUCUCUGUGCUACCCUGUGCUCCCCAAGAGAAUCUGAUUCCUCAUUCUCCCUGCUAGAGCUGAAGGGCGCGCAUAGCAAAAGCAAGGGUGCAAAGAGGUUAGGAACUCCCCAAACUACAUUCUGUGCCCAGCAGUCUCGUGUUCCCUGCUCCUUACAGGAUAAUAUUCUCCAAAUUAUCCUCUGAUUAUAAAUGUAAGCUUAUUUUCUUAGAGCAUUAUCUAGAGACUGCCAGAGGUGGGUAGGAUGACAGUGGUUUGUUUGCUUCUGUUCCUUGCUUUUAGUUCCUAGAGAAGGGGGGGACCUGCAAUGCACAGUUUCUUCCAGGCCCAAGGUACCUACCUCAAGGGUUCUUUACUGUAGGCACCCAGACAAGCAGAUCUGCUUGCCAGGAUCCCUCUUAUUGCCCCUCCCGCCUACAUCCCUCUCCACGUUUCUAGAUCAACUUCCCUACAAGAAGUAAUCCUGGUAAAAAGGUCUCUUAUAAUGGGUCAAGAGUUGAAUUGGGGAUGGGGAAUGGAUGCAUCUGAAGCACAGGGUGUGGGUGCCCAGAUACACGCUCAUGAGAUUUUUCUCUGAUAAUGUCCCUAAUCAUGCCGGAGAGGCUAGCAUUGACGAGAACUUGGCCCAAGGCUUGAGAAGGCUGAAAGGGCCCUGACCUGCCUGGCUUCCUUAUCUCGUAUUGCCGCUUUGCAAAGAGCCACCCUAGACCCCAGCUCACCACAUGCAUGUGAGCCAGCUCAAGAACACUACUGUAACUACUACUCAAUAAAAUCCAGGGUGGAAAUGCU